AUGCCAGCACCAACAGCACUCAAGAGACUUGAUCAAACAACAACGUCCGGAGCGCCUGUCGCUCAGGCCGCUAUAGAUCAAGAUGACGAAGUUCUAAUUGAUGCACAGACAUCAGCUGAGGAAAGUGUACCGGUGUUUGCCUCUACAGACGAAAAUGCUCCAGAUGCCGACAUGCGCAUUGAUGAGGAAGGCCGGCCAGUUUUUACACCCGCAAAGGAUACCAAUACUGUAUAUCGAGUAGAAACUCGGAAGGUUCCUGUUCCUCCUCAUAGGUUUUCGCCUCUCAAGGCCUCCUGGAGUAGAAUAUACCCUCCGCUAGUUGAGCACCUCAAGCUACAGGUGCGCAUGAAUAUCAAAAGCAGGGCGGUUGAGCUACGUACCUCUAAAUUCACCACCGAUACGGGCGCACUACAAAAGGGCGAAGAUUUUGUCAAAGCCUUCACACUCGGGUUCGAUGUUGACGACGCUAUUGCAUUACUCAGGUUGGAUGACCUCUAUAUCCGAUCAUUUGAGAUUCGAGAUGUUAAAGCAUCGCUUCAUGGAGAACACCUUAGCCGCGCUAUUGGGCGGAUUGCAGGCAAAGACGGCAAACUUAAGCACUCAAUAGAAAAUGCUACCCGUACCAGGAUUGUCCUCGCAGAUCAAAAAAUACACCUAUUGGGUGGCUAUCGCAAUAUUCUGGUUGCACAGGAAGCUGUUGUUAGCUUGAUUCUCGGAAGCCCACCGGGCAAAGUAUAUGGUAACUUGCGCAAAGUGGCAUCACGCAUGAAAGAGCGCUUUUAA